CCACAGGUAAAUUUUAACUCCGCCUGGCAUGACGUCACACCCCACCGGAUGGAUUUUCAGGAGGAAAAAAAAACACAACCAAAAGUGUGCAACUGCGUCACUUUGCUCACGUUAACAAUGUCGACGAGGCCGUGAAGAGGUGUAAAAUGGAGGAAUUAUUCUUCAAGUCGGCCCUGCCGGCGCUCGCCCACCACCGGCUGAACACCGACACCACCUUGGCCUUGCCAGCCGAACCGAGAGCUCGCUGCUCGGCUCGGCUUCCGUCCAGUGACCGCGGCCUGCGGGUCCAGCAGCAAGUUCAGCUAACCCUGGCACGGAAGUCGAGGAGGAGCGUUUCCAAUGGCGGUGUCCACUUACAGAGAAGCGCCGGCAAGAGUUUCGACGCGGCCGACGGACUGAGCCCUCACGCCGCAGUAAAUGGCUUCGGUUGCACUCUGUCGAGCAGCGAGCGUGUACGCAGGCCGUCCAGAAGAGUCGAAGUUUCCCCACCGGGCACACCUGACAAGGCUCGGCGCCAUUUCAAUUUCCACAGCCGCCGUUUCGGCACGUCCUCCCUGCCCGUCCUCAGUCCGUCCCACAGGAACUGCUCCCUGCUUGGCCGCUCGCUGGGCUCGCAUCAAUGCCACGUCCUCUCCGAGGCCCCGCAGCGGGCGCCGACCGACGCUUCCACGCCCGCCGACGGUAGCGUCCGCUUUUGGUCGGACGCUUCGUUUCGACAGCGCGGGUACGAAUCCAGCUGGAACGAGUCGGCUUUCCAGCAGAGUGAGGGGAUGCUCGUCGCUCCGCAAUUACGCGACGGGUCACCGUGGAUGUCAGCAAGUCAAAAGCUUCUCAGAUUGAACACGUACCCGCCGUCGGGCAACAUCAUGGAGAUGGAUGGGGCGGGGCGAGCAGGGGCGGAGCUUCAGCAAAUUCAAGCCAUUAAUAUCUCAACUCUAGGGUUCGAGAAGCCCCCGGAGAUGACGCUGGAGAGGGCCGUCAAUCUGCUUUCUCAGGAAAACGAGGACACGCUGAUCAGCGCCGCCGGACACAUCCAAUCGCAGUGUUUCAAAAGCGCAGACGCCAGGAAAAUGGUGUUUUUCCUACGCGGCAUCAAAAAACUGCUGCAGCUCCUCCGCAACGACGAGGAAGAGGUGCAACGCGCCGCCGCCGCCGCCCUGCGCAACGUCGUCUACCAGAGCAGCGACAACAAGAUGGAGGUGAAGGACAACGGCGGCCUGGCCGCCAUUUUGUGCGUGCUGCAGAACAGCCACGACACAGAGACCAGAAGGCAGCUCGCCGGCCUCCUGUGGAACCUGUCUUCUCACGACCUCCUGAAGGAAAAUCUCUCCCGAGAGGCCUUGUCGGUUCUCACGCAAGCCGUCCUGGUGCCGAGCUCGGGCAUUUCCGAAGGGGAAAACCCCAAACAUGAGCUGCUGGCCGACGACGAGGCUUUCCACAACGCUACCGGGUGCCUCAGAAACCUGAGCUCCUCCGGUCCGGAUGGAAGGAAAGCCAUGCGGGAGUGCGAGAACCUCAUUGACUCUCUGGUCUACUACAUCCGCCGGACCGUGUCCGACUACAAGGCAGACGAUAAGUCCACAGAGAACUGCGUGUGCAUCCUGCACAACCUCUCCUAUCAGAUCGAGUCGGAGCUGCCCGACAAGUACGCCGGAAAUCUCUUACAAUCGCAAGAACACGCGGCGCCCAAGCCUAAGGUGGUCGGAUGUUUCGCUCAGCGCAGCGCCAAGACCAAAGAGCCAGAGCAGCGUCAUCGCACGCUGCUGGAGGAGAAGGCCAACCCCCGCGGUAUGGAGUGGCUGUGGAGCUCCAUCACCAUCCGCAUGUACUUGUCGCUCAUCGCCCGCAGCGCACGCCACCACACGCAGCAGGCGGCCAUCGGAGCCCUGCAGAACAUCACGGCCGGGAACGGAGUGGUGACCGAAACCAUCGCCUACACCAUCGUCCACAGGGAGAACGGCCUCCAGCACGUGAGAAAAAUGUUACAGGAGGGCGAGCGCGACGUGAAGAAGACGGCCGUGUCGCUCGUCAAAAAUCUCUCCCGCUUCCCCGAGCUGCACCCUGAUAUUGUUAAGCAGGUAUUGCCAGAGGUGGUGGAGCUCCUGCCAAAUAACGACACGGGGAGAGACCUGCCCUCGGGCGUGACCGCGUCUCUGUGUCACAUCCUCGUCACCUUGAGCCAGAACGGCGUGCACAACGUGCGAGCCAUGUUGAGCCAGAACGCCCUCCCGAAGAUCUGCAACAUCAGCAAGAAGGACAACGGUUACGGCCCAAGUAGAGCAGGUAUAGCAGCAUGUGUCCUACUCCACUCCAUGUGGAAGCACAGCGACCUCCAUGGGACCUACAAGAAGUGCGGCUUCAGAAAGUCGGAUUUUAUCAAUGCAAGGACCACAAAGGCGGUAAACUCCAUAUAGAACGAAAACCAAAGGCGCCAAGCGUCAUUUUCCUUUAACUGCUGGACAUUUAUUCUUUGCUCACAAGCCAAGUAUAUUCAUGUUUUAUUCAGUAGUUGACUUGGACAUUUGUAGUCCCCCCCUUUCCUGUUGCAUAAUAUUACAACUAAUGCAUGUGGCUAUUGUAUUUUUUUUCCUUUUUUACACACAACAACAAAAAAUGUAUGCAUUUUGAAACCAUUCUAGAAGGAUUAUGUCAUGCAACAAAAACAAGCUAAUUUCACUUGUCUUGAUGAAAAGAAAAAGGUCAGCCAGUUAAUUCAAAAAUGUAUUUAUACAGACUUCUUUGUAAUUUUUUUUCAAAUCAUUUUAAAGGUGAAUACAACCAUUUUUUUUCAACAA